CUGACCUCAGCUCAUUUCUCUCUUUGUCUCCCCCUGUGUAUGGGGCACAUAUUUGGCUCCUAUUUCGUGUAUUUUUCUGGAUGGUACCAGAUUAGCUAAACAGUCACACUCAACCGCAGUUAGUUUUAUGUCGUUCAUUGCAAUAUUGUAGUAUUUAAAAUAUUCUAGCAGAACUCUGGCACUAGUAUUAUCUGGAUAGCUGGACGCAGAUCGUAACAAUAGCGGUCUCAUGUCCCCACGCCGCCGACAGGGUUUAAUUAAAAGAAAAAAUAAACAUUAUAAAACAACCCUUCAAGACAACAUGGAUGGAAACCGAAGAGAUGCGACAGAACUUUAAUUCGACGGAUAGUUUAAUUCAGGCGAUUUGGCCAUUAGCUCUGGGAAGCAGAGAGAGGCUAACGCGCUAGCAAGCUAACCCGCUAGUACUGUAAUAGGCUAGCACGCUAACCGGCUAACCGGCAGAUAGGCGGUAUCCCCGGGGAGGGAUGUGGAAGUCCGUUCCGCGGCUGUCUACUUGUACUUUUAUUUUGUCACCGGCACCGAAAUGUCGCCGUGUUAUGAAUGGAGAAGCAGCACCCGGUACUAUUACUGCAUUAAAUUCACGCUCAACAUUUACUCCAUGCUGUUCUCGCUCCUGGGCCUGUGCGUGCUCUGCGUGGGUCUGUAUGCAGAGGUGGAGCGUCAGAAGAACCGGACCCUAGAGGGGAUAUUCCUGGCCCCUGCCGUAGUGCUGAUCUUACUAGGCCUGGUGAUGUUCACAGUGUCGCUGGUGGGCAUGGUGGGAUCACUACGGGACAACAAGAUCCUGCUGCACAUGUUCCUCUGCGUGCUCUGUGUCCUGCUGGCUCUCCAAGCUCUUGCACUCAUCAUUGCCCUCAUCUGUGAGAAAAAGACAUCUGGCCUUUUCCAUAGCACCAUCCGCGAGGGCAUUAAGCACUACUACGACGACCUGGACUUCAAGAACAUCCUGGACUACGUGCAAGAGAAGUUCUCCUGCUGCGGUGGGGAUGAGUACAAAGACUGGGAGGUUAACCAGUACCACUACUGCAAUGGCAGUGGCCCCCUCGCCUGCGGGGUGCCGUACACCUGCUGCGUGCGUCACAAGGUUGUAGAGGGUGUCGUCAACACACUGUGUGGGUACAGAACCCUACACCAAGAGCGCGUGGAGCUCGAUGGGGUGAUACAUGUGAGAGGCUGCAUCCACGCCGUCAACUUAUGGAUGGGGGACAACGUGGGUGUCACCCUGGGACUCUGUUUCGCUGUGGGGCUCCCUCAGCUCCUGGGUAUCAUCCUGAGCUGCCUCUUCUGGAACCUUUUGGUGGAGAUGAGCGAGUCGACUGACAUGGUGGACUUCCGCUUGCUGAAAAAGGCCGGGUUCGAGUACAGCGAGCUGGACCUGUCCGGCGCCGGCUGGUGCCUCUGUCUGCCCCGGGAUGGGGGCUACCUGCCUGUCCCUGCCUCUGAGCCUGAGACCUGGGCCCAGGAGUCCGCCGGGUCGCAGGAAGCUCUCCCCCCUGCUGGAACACAGCUGGAUGAGCUAGGAACAGAGCCGGACGAGUGUGGGCCGCAGCCUGCAGUCGACGAAGUAGACAAUCAGCUAUAGAAAUGGACCCUUUCUUUGUUUUAAUUUGAAGUCGUAUUGACUGGGAAAUGUUAUUGCACUAAAUAUGGUACCUAAAAAACACAAAGAAGGAAAGUCUGGUCAAGUUUGCGGGUUGGGAUAAUGCGAAGAACAAGCAUUUUGAUAUCAUCUUAUGUUUUUUAUACUUUUUUAACCGUUUGUAUUGUAAUGUUAUGUGUCUUAGUUUGGUCUUAACUUCAAACAGAUGAUAAACGGACUCACACUUCGAAUUUUCCAACUCGCUACUACAAAUUUUUCCUAGCUCAGGUUGUGUUAAAGGGGAUUUUAAAGAACAGGACUAGUACUGCCUCCGUUUUAUGUGAGAAUGCUAUCAUUUCGGGCCUGAGUUCCACCCAGGAUCCGUAUAUGGUGGGACCGGUUUUCUCGGUGCAUUGAUUCCCACAUGGCUGUAAACACAGAUACUUUGUGGAUCAAUCAACGUUUAUUUUACCAAACAUGAAUGGUAACACUGUGCUUUUAUUCGGUUAUGACUGUUAAAAAGCUGCUUUUGUUAGGGAUUAAACAAGUAGAGAAUGAGAUUUGUUUUGCAAAGGGAUGUUGGAGGGUGAGAGUGUUCUGGUACUGCUUAGCCCUGUAUGGUUUGUGCUGGGAGUCACAGGGCUGGAUUUGCACGCUGGUCAUUCCCAAUAAAAUGCAUUCGUUUGCAUGUC